AAUUUGCAAGCGGUAAAUCUGAAAAGAAAGAAAAUCUGUGACCGCUCGACAGUUGCCGGAGCACGGGAGCAGUGUCGCCAUUGAAGAGAGAGAAGAUGCCGAAGAGGACAACGCACACCUAUUCGAGCGAAGAUGCAGUUCCUGACGGCCCUAACUCUGAGCUCUUCGUCUACUACUGCAAGCACUGCAGCUCUCAUGUCCUUAUUACUGAUACCCAGUUGCAGAAAUUGCCAAAGAGAAAAACUGACAAGGCAUAUGUGUUGGACAAAAAGAAACAUUUGGCGAGGCUUAACAUCAAUGAAGCAGGAAGGGUUCUGUUGAAAAGAGGAGAAGGAAAGCUGGAAAAGCAGCACCGAAUGAAUUGUUUAGGUUGUGGCCUUUUUGUUUGCUAUAGAGCUGAAGAAGAGCUGGAGCAUGCAUCUUUCAUAUACAUAAUUGAUGGCGCUCUUAGUACUAUUGCUGCUGAAACAAACCCACAGGAUGCUCCUGUGCCACCAUGCAUAUCACAGUUAGAAGGUGGGCUUGUUCAGGUUGCAAUAGAAGUCGAAGACCGUGCAUCUCGUUCAGCAAUUACAAGAGUUAAUGCUGAUGAUGUAAGAGUAGCCGUGGCAGCACCUGCUGCACGUGGAGAAGCAAAUAAUGAGCUCCUGGAAUUCAUGGGAAAGGUUUUGGGUCUUAGGUUAAGCCAGAUGACUCUUCAGAGAGGAUGGAACAACAAAUCAAAACUCCUUGUGGUUGAAGAUCUUACUGCAAGACAAGUGUAUGAGAAGCUUUUGGAAGCUGUUCAACCAUGAGCGAAUUAGCAUCACGAUUGAUGUGAAUUCAAGUGUAUGUUAAUGGCAAAUGUACAAUAGUUAAAAUAUAAGUCAGUGCAUUAUUUUUUACGCUUCAAGUACUAGUACAUUACAAGUGUAAUCUUACCGUUUUCUGAAGCAGUAAUUUUAGUUUGGUUUUC